ACAUUGCUGCCAAUAGCACCAUACAACUGGAUCGUGUCCCUGUGAUGUCCGAUUAUUAAGCCCUAAUUCGCGGGAAAAUAAACCCCGGCGCGGCUGCGGGACGCUGCUUUCCCUCUCUCGGGGAUUCAAAAACACGGUCCUCAACCAGGACGGAGAUGGCGAUGGAGGCACCGGCGAGCCCCACGGCCAUUGACCAGGGCGAGCUCAAUCCGAGGAAGCGCCUCAAAAGCGACGGGGCAGAAGAUAUCAUCAAGGGCGAGCACGAAGAAGAAGAGGAGGAAUUGGAAAGGUUGCUACUUCCCGACCCAAACAAACUGCCGGUCGUCCCCCCAUCUGCCGUCGACUCCAAUUUCGUUCACUACUUCGUUGUCGACUUUCUGAAGCCCGGCCACGAUCAGUAUAUUUAUCGCCAUGCUAACGGAUUGUGUGUGGUCGGGUUGGCACCGACUCAUGUAGCCUUAGCGGAGGAGGGAGGGAUUACGGCCGUCGAUUUCAAUACCGGAAAGACUGACAAGAGCGAGAUGAAGGUCAUCGGCAAGCGGAAGAAGGUUACCAGCUCUGCAAGAUUUCGCUUGUUCGGUUUGUUUUCAUUCAAUGCGCAGCAUCUUCAAGCCAACUCUGCUUUAUGCAAAGUUUUUGCAAAUGACAAACUCUUCAUUGUCAGGUGCUGUGUAAAAGGAUCCCUCCUUGAAGUGAAUGAUAAGCUACUAAGGGAACCCACUUUACUUAACACUGCAGCUGCCAGAGAAGGUUAUGUUGCAAUUUUAAUGCCCAAGCCAGAGGAUUGGCUAAAAAGCAAGGAUUCCUACCUGAACCUUGAAGAGUACAAAAAGCUGAGAGGCGUCCCCUGAUUACCAUAAUUGCUGAGUCCAAGUAGAUGAACACAUGCCACCAUCAUUGAUUUGGACUCACAAGACUUAAAAUAUUUUAGGAUUAUUUGAGUUAAUCUUAACUUGAUUGCUAACAUGUUUGUUCAGCAUUUGCAUUGAUACGUAGCCUGACCCCAUAUAUGGGUGUUUUGUUUUGUGUGCUUAAUGAAAACUCAGACUAAUCAUCAUUGUUAUCAAAAUUGGGCUGAAUCAAGUGGAUCUAUGGCCUUUUGCUGAAAGAAAACAUUUUAACAUGUAUUAAUUAGCUUUCUUAUUGCUUUUAAGAGUUUGAAAAUUCAAAAUAGACAGUUCAUCCUGAUUCGAAGACAGGAUGCCUUUUUUUUUCUCUCUAAAA